AACAGGGGUCAGCUGCUGAUUAUGAAACGCUCGCAUGUACGCACGUAAAUUGUCUCUUGAAGGCAGCCAUUGCUGAACAGAACUCAUGAGGCGCACUUUUUACUUUACCCUGCCAGUGUUGGCCAACAUUCUGACCGCAUGUACGGGCUAUACUCUGAGGAACUCCGUCUCCUGGGCAGUCUCCUCCAAUGAUGCGGUGGAGGACGCCGACCUGUCAGAGGAGGUCGCCCCGGCUUUGCUGGUGGAAGGCGGCGGGCUGUGGAAGCAGGCGUACUCGGCAGGGGUAAUCAAGAAUCCCGGGGAUCGAGUGCAGCCCGAGGGCGACUCCAGUACGGUGGCUCAGCGUCCCGCUCGCCUCUUCUCCUAUCGGACGGAGAAGGUAAAGGUGGCGGGCGGCGGGCCUCCCCCCCAUCAGGAGACCGCGAGAACGGCCAGAUACAUUGCUCACAGCAGCGACUGGGGCUCCCUGGCCACAAUAUCUAGCCAAGACAAGAUCAAAGGUCUCCCCUUUGGGAAUAUUUUCUCCAUCAGUGAUGGACCACUGGACAACAGCACAGGGGUCAUCUACUUUUAUGUGACGCCCAUGGACAACACGGUGUCUGACCUGAAAAUGAACCCCUACGCUUCCAUCACUUUCUCGGAGGCUGAAAGUAAUUUCUGCAGACAAAUGAUAUAUGACCCAGAGGACCCGAGAUGUGCUCGACUCACCCUUACAGGCAAGAUGGUGGAAGUUACGCCAGAGGAGCUCGCCUUCGCCAAGGAGGCCAUGUUCUCCAGGCAUCCCGUGAUGGCAAAGUGGCCUGUGGGACACAAGUGGUUCUUCAUGAAGCUGGAUCUAAUCCAAGUGUGGUUGCAGGACUGGACCGGAGGCACAUCGCUCAUUCCGCUGGAGGAAUACUUCAAAGCUUCCCCUUUUUAAUAGUCCUACUGCUUCUUACAACAUAAUGUCAGCCUAGAAAAAAAAGAAAAAACAAUUACAUAUACUCUACCUCUGCAUACUGUAUAAAGGUCAUAAAUCCAAGUCUAUCAAAUUGGUUCAAAUGUAUCAAGGCAUGGUGUGUCAUGAUUCGGUUUGGGACCAACAGGUGGCACUGUAGGGCUCCCCCUGCAGCUGCACACCUGUUGGUCAUUAGGUAAUUCGUGCUUUAAAAGGACUCCCAGCCCAACCACUCAUGGUCGGGUCAUUGGUGCUCUGCUACUGCCAUGUUCGUUUGUUGCCGUUUGCUCUUGGCUUCUGUCAUGUUUGUUUCAGUCAUGUUUAGUUCAUUAUGUUUUAGCUUUAGUCAUGAUUUUUGUUUGAUACUUUGGACUUUGUUUGUUUAGGAUUUAGUUUUCUCUGUUUUAGUACAAUUCAUCAAGUUCACCCUGCUCCUCCCUCCUGCCUGCUUUUUGGGGUCCUCCACCACCUCGCAAACGUGACAUAAUGAAGGAGACUAGAAUGUAAGCUACUGGACAGGAAACCAGGAGGAAGAGAUGCUGAAGAACCAAAAGGGGUUUCAAGGCCAGCACUUAGGGGUCCUCUGUCAGAGAAACCUUGAUCUUCUUCCUUACACGUGUCCUCCAUGUCAUGUUCCUCGAUUAAAUAGCCUAUUGGUGGACUUACUGCUCAGGGCCAAAGGGUUUGGACUGUUGAACUUUGUGCUGCAAGGCUUUGAUAAUAAUUGGUUGGGAUCCUCCGCUGCUUGAGGUAGCGGGGCUGCUUUUGCCAUCUGAGUCCACAGGUUACAUAACCUGAGCUGCUGCCAAACUUUUUUCAGGCCAGCAAUCCACUCUGAGUCUGCCACAACCUUGUGUGGUUUGGUUUAUGAAGACAUUGUAUGUGCCUAUGUAUCGAAAUCAUGUAGAAAGAAAUGCAUUUAAUGAUUAAAUGCUUUUGCUCUGUUGUUUUUGUGUUUUUGUGCAACUUGCAGGAUAAUUACGCUUAACGUAACUGCCCAUGCAGUUUGCAACACCCGCCAAAAAAUGGCUUCCUCAAUACGAAAUAAUAAGAAAAGUGAAUGCUUUGGAUGGGAUUGUGCAUGUUACUCCAGCGGCGGCGGAUCUUAAUCAACUGAGUUUUUAACUGCAGCAGAAGAUGAACAACACUGCCGUGAUUAUUCUGCAUUGCCAGUUGUCCUUGUUGCAAUUAAGUUUUUUUUUUCCCCUGAAACCAUUACUCUUGGUCUACUUUUUCCGCAUUCUCAGCUUUUCACACAUCCUCGGCUUUUAAAAUUAAUCUAUCAUCGAGAAGAAGAGUUUACUAAAACAACACGUCUUUAUUUCAGUGUAAUCAGAGGCACUUUAAAUAGUGUCAGGCGCAUGUUGACUCCCAUUUAAUUUUCGUUUGAAUUCAAUCACUUCAUACAACACAGCUUCAUCCCAGUAAGACGGUGUGCACAGCAGUGCAACUACAGUGCAAACUCGGGACAAAUAGUGGAGCCCAGGUUUCAAAGCAAACAUGGUGAAGUGGCAGUUAGUUGUUCUGCCUAUGCAAAUAGAAUAAGUUGCCAAUAGAAGUGAAGUCAGCCCCCAGUAUUGACGUCUGAAAAUACAGGGGGAAAAAAAUGAUCCCCCCCCCCCCACACACACACACAUUUUUAAAAUCAACUUCACUAUAAAGUAUUUUCGUAAGAAAGCUACUUUUUUCUUUCUUGUGCUUUUGAAUGUCUUUACAUCUUUUGUAAAUGUGUUUACAUGUUAAUAUACAUUCUUGUAGUAAUUUUAA